UGGUACUGUUGGUGCACUUGUACAGAUGCAGACUUCGCUUAUAUGGUAUACCUAAGUGGAGAUGAUAAAUUAGAUGGUGUAGAAUUACCGAAGGCAUUGCGUGCUUUAAAUUUUAAUCCGAGUCUUGAUUGGUGUGUGAAAAAUGGCGGAGCAGAGAAAAAAGGACAAAAGUUUAUAACAUUGGACGAAUUUUACAAAAUAGUAGUUGAAUGCAAGAAAGACAAGAAAGAUCAAGGAGUAUACGAAGACUUUAUUGAAUGUUUAAAAUUAUACGAUAAAGCCGAUGAUGGUAGAAUGAUGGCAAGUGAAUUAUCUCAUGCGCUUGGUUCACUUGGCGAAAGAAUGAAGAACGAGGAAGUGGACGAAGUUCUUGAUGACUGCCUGGAUGAAGAAGAUGACGAAGGCAUGAUACCAUACACACCAUUUCUUGCAAGAAUGUGUGGAAAACAGCCCCCACUUAAGGUUGCUAAGAAAUGAUAUAAUCUAAAAUGCAUUAAAUGCCGUAUAUCUAUUACGGACCUGUUGUUUAUUUAAAAAAAAUUACAGUCUAGUUUUCAAAA